CGCGCGUGUCCGUGUGCGCGUGUAUUUCAGUGAAACUAGUCGCUGCUGUGUCUCUCCGGUCGAAGAGGAUCCUCUAAAGAUCCGGACCAGGGACGCAUUUUCUGACGAUCCCUCGACCAUUUUAACCGAUCGUCCCUGAACGCACCACCGACAUCUUGGCUGGGCUUUUGCUUUUUUUGGGCUCAUUUCACAAACUCCGCUGUGGUUUUGUCCCCUCGCACGCGGACCGGCGCGGAUCCCUCGGUGGCGAACGGCUGAGCGCGGACUGUCUGCCGGGAUGAUGGCCGAGCAUCUGUCCCGCAGCGAGCUGGACUACCCCUUCAAACUUCUGGAGUAUUUCAACGGCUUCAGGGUGUCGAAGGUGAUUUUCUCGGCCUGUGAGCUGGGGGUGUUUGACCUCCUGCUGAGGUCACCGGAGCCGAUGAGUGCGCAGCAUGUCGCCCGGGAGCUGAGCACCAGUGUGGACGGGACGGAGCGGCUGCUGGACGCGCUGGUGGGCAUGGAGAUCCUGGAGGUGGAGACCUCAGACGGGGCAGCUGUGUACAGCAGCACCGACGUGGCCAACCUGUACCUGGCCAGAGGCAGCAGCAAGUCCCUCCACGACAUGAUCGCGUACCAGUCCCAGACCGUGUACCCGCUGUGGAACCACCUGGCCGACGCCGUCAGGGAGGGAAGGAACCAGAACGAAAAGGCCUUCGGCCUCCCCCCGGAGGACAUCUUCCAGGCCGUGUACAGAUCCGAGGAGGAGAUGCUGAGGUUCAUGGGUCUGAUGAACUCCUCGUGGGUUCUGGACGGACACGACAUCGCGACGGCCUUCGACCUCUCCGGCUUCCAGAAGAUAGUGGACCUCGGAGGAUGCACUGGGGCUCUGGCCCGGGAGAUGGCGAAGGCGUACCCGUCCUCCUCCGUCACCGUGUUCGACCUCCCGCAGGUGGUGGAGACGGCGCUGAAACAUUUCCCCCAGGAGGACGCCGGCGCCGUGCGGUUCCUCGGCGGAGAUUUCUUCAGCGGUGAACUUCCUCCUGCUGACCUUUACGUUCUGGCCCGAAUCAUUCACGACUGGCCCGAGGAGAAGUGCCUCGCGCUGCUGAAGAAGCUCUACGACGCCUGCAAGCCAGACUCAUGGAGCGCGUGUACUAAGCUUCUGUUCACUGGUCGAACAACACGACCAUGUUGUUCACUCCUCUGGACGGACUCGUUCAGCUCUCCGGUCUCCUUUGUCCCCGCUGCUAGGCGGAGGCGUCCCUGCUGGGUGGAGGCCCUGCUCUUUGAGAACAGACGGGGUCCCGUCACGGCUCAGAUCUUCUCCCUCAACAUGCUGGUGCAGAUGGAGGGUCGGGAGCGCCCGCCCUCCGGGUACACCGGCCUCCUCAACAGGACCGGCUUCCACGACGUGCAGGUGUGCCGGACCGGCAAGUCCUACGACGCCAUCCUGGCCGUCAGAUGAGCCGUCGGGGGGCGGCGGCCACGUCGGGCGUUUUGAGGCCGUGAAAAGGUUUGAGGUCGGACAUCAGCGUUUGAGCUCUGUGGGUUUGAGUGUGGUAGAUUCACCGUGUGUGUCCUGGUCGUCCCCCGUGAUGUUUUCCGAUGUUACAGGUAAUCUUGUCCUACAAAUGAAAACCUUCUCUGGAUUGAAGUUGCUGCUGUGGUUUAUUUUUGUUUAUAAGUCGCAUACUUGUGCAUAUUUGUGGAGAUCAAAUGAUUCUCAUUAUUUUGCAACGACGAGAAUUAUUUUGAGUUACAGCAUUGAUUCAGUGUUUGAUCAUUUUUUUUAUUUUCAGAAAGUUUCUCAUUGUAAUGAUCCCGUCUUUUAUUAAUGUUUUUGAGGAUUCAGUAGACAAAGAAGCAUUACAAACCUUCAGUGAAAAAACAUUUUAAAAAGCGCUGAAUUUAGCAUAAAACUGUUGUUGCGAUGUUUGACUGUGUCCUCCCUGCUCACCGCGAUGCGUUCAGGUUCCCUCUCAAGCGGCGUGCAAGACAAACCUCAUUGUUGUUGUCAUUCUCCCACGAUUUAUCUUUUUCAUAUUUUUAAGCUGUUGUGGGAGAUUCUGGUUGAAGGAAAUCAUCGUAGUGUUAUUAAAAAUAUAUAUAUAUUUUCUUUGUUUGUUGCAUUUCGUUGUGUGAUUUACAUAAUGUCAGGUGUAAAUAUGUAAGUCACACACCGAAUACAUGCUACAUGCCCGUGUAAGUGAUUUACUUGUGUCGUAGAUUAGGUGUGAAUGUAAAAUAUAUAUCAACAUGUUUAAUGGAAGCUUCUAAAAACUCCUUUUUAAAUCCCCACAUGGUUUUGUUCACUUGUUUUCAUGUUUACAUUAAAUCAAAGACGAUGCUCAAAUCUUA